AUGCAAGGGAAUAAUAUUGGCACCGCAGGGACGACGCAUCCGGCGUGCGCCGCAUGCAAGCAUCAAAGGAAGAGGUGCACUGAAGGGUGCAUAUUGGCGCCAUACUUUCCGGCGCACCGGAGCCGGGAAUUUCAAGCGGUUCAUAAACUUUUUGGUGUCAGCAACGUGACAAAGAUAGUGAGAAGCCUCAAGGAGGACGACCGGAAAAUGGCAGUGGAUUCGCUCGUGUGGGAAGCUUCUUGCAGGCAGAAAGAUCCCGUUUUGGGACCUUAUGGAGAGUAUAGAAAGGUGUUUGAUGAGCUGAACAUGUACAGAGGCCAAAACCAAAAUCAGUUGAUGCAAAUGCCAGGGCAAUGGGGGAGUAUAGGGUACAAAAUGGCGCCGGCGACAGCGACAGCCAGUUUGAUCGGAUGGAAUGGGAGUAGUGGGAUAAACAUUUUGAACACGUCGAAUUAUGGUAUUGAUAAUGGGAUGAAUGGAACAGUUGAUUCUAUUUCUAACCCAUAUGGGUAUCCUUUUAGCUGUGAAGAUAGAGUACUGAAGCAAGAAAAAGAAGCUGGUUCUGGUGGUGUUCCAUUGCAGCAGAGCUCGAUCAGUACUGGGCUUAACCAUCAGUACUAUCUUCCAGGUCAAUAAAUUUGCCCCACCAAUGGCAAGAUGAUACAAAUCACAAUAUUGGUUUGUUUUCUUUUUGGUCCCUGACGAAGGCAAUCACUCAUUUUCCUUGAUUCCUUGGUGAUCAAGCAAU